AGCAGCUCUCGGUGACGGAGCUCAGUCUUUAUCUUACAUAAAAACCGAGGCGUUUUUAAAGUUUUAGCUUAGCUAUCCGUGUAGCAGCUUUGACAGAGACGCGUGCUAACUAACGGCUGGAACCAACGUUUUGAUUUUAAACACCAGGCAGCUAAACUGACACUAAAACGACCGGAGCAGCUUAGUCAAAGUAACAAGGACAUUCAGUGGGACGAAGUUUUGAUCUGUUUUUCUUUUUUCUUACUUGCUAUAGCUGCCUUAAACCUGGCUGUCAGAUUCUCCAGUGUGGCAUGAAGUUGGAAAUACGUCGCGUUUGAACGUCACCUCCAAACGUGGCUGUGAUCAUCAGCAACCAGGUUUCAUUUCCCCUACAUGGGGAGCAGCCCAUGGACCUCAGUGUGACCCAGAGGCUGUUACAUCCAGUCUUAGAUUCGGCCAUGCUGGCCCCCCACCCUCCCUUUUUCCUGGGACCCCUCACCUCUCAGCACUGCUCCCAGUUUUCCCAGCAGCACUUGCAGUAUAACAUGGAGUUGGAGAAAAGAGAAGAGCUACAACAGCUGAUACAAAAGAGUAAAAAUGAACACAGUGCUGUGGCCAGUCCUCUGGUAAAACAGAAACUUCGGGAACACAUCAUUAUGAAGAACCAUCCCACCCAUGACAGGCUCACCCCCACCCGCAGCAGUCCUUCCCCAGGAUACAGGCUCCCGGUUUCUGACAUGUCCCCAAAGUCUCAGCCUACACUGUGUGACCAGCGCAAAGACCUCGCCCUGCGCAGGACAGUCUCUGAGCCCAGUUUGAAAUGGAAGUUGAAGAAGCUCCUCAGUUCAAGGCCAAACCCGCUGCAGCGCAAGAUCAGUGCCCCCCCCGCCGUCAAGCACAGGACGGAAAAUCUGGACUCCUCCACCAGCAGUAGCAGCAACCCAGCAUCAGGGUGCAGCUCACCCAACGACAGCCUCCAUUCAGAUAACGGGCACCUCCCGCUGGCUCAUGAGGCGCAGAGGUUGCUGGCCCAUUUCACUCUGCCCUCCAACUCCACUGUCAUGCCCAACAUCACUGCUGGACUUCCUGCGCAGGCUGAUAAGCGAGCCAACCGGCCGUAUGCACUAUCGGCUCUGCAUCAGGUCUACCUGCCUCUGGAAGGAAGCAAUCCAGGCCUGGGUCAGCACCUGCAGCCUGUGCUCAUACUGGAACCGCACACGGGCCUGGUGCACACACAACUUGUCUCGUUUCAUGGUCUGAGCUCCAUUGCUCUGCAGCUGCAGCAGCAGCCUCACCUGUCCUCCCCCACCAGGAGGGAGGGUGCAGUUCCCUUCCACAAACCCCUGAAGCGAACACACUCAGAGCCCUCGCCCUACAGCCACUCACCCCUCACGCUGCAUGCCAGCCGUCACUCACACAUCCAGCACUCGCUGACUCAGCAAUACCACAAGAGCGGGCUCAAACAGAACGCACACCUGAGCAAGCUGACGACCAUUGAGAAGCCUCGCCUAACACAGAUCCUAUCAGAGGACAUGGACCUGGAGGAGAUCGGAUCAGGAUCUGGUUCGGGCCCCGGGUCCGUCUGUGAUUCAGAACCUGGCUCCAUGUGUGAGGACAGCUUCCGCAGGAGACAGAGCACUGCCAGCCCAGACUCAGUUUACGACACUGAAUCCACCACCUCCUCACGGGACAGCUUGAUCGAGCCCUCACACUCUCUCAGCCAGAGGCAGGUGAUCCUUAGAUCAGGUCUCCAGCAGGACUCCCAGAGUGGGCCUGCAUUCAUUUGGCCUCACCAGCCGCUGGGUCGGACCCAGUCCUCCCCGGCCUACACCUCUCUGCCUCCACACCCACACACAGCCAUACCUUCCCUGUCCCUGUCCAGCCCUGCAGCAGAAGCCCAGCUCCGCUUCACCACAGGUCUGGUUUAUGAUUCUCAGAUGCAGAAGCACCAGUGUACCUGCGGGGACAACAGCCGCCACCCUGAGCAUGCUGGGAGGGUCCAGAGCAUCUGGUCCAGACUAAAUGAAACAGGUUUCAGGAGCCAGUGUGAGCGCAUCCCCAGUAGGAAGGCCACUCUAGAGGAGCUGCAGUCAGUCCAUUCAGAGAAACAUGUUCUGCUGUUCGGCACCAACCCCCUCAACCGCCUCAAGCUGGACAACCGUAAACUGGCUGGAAUCUUAUCUGAACGGAUUUUUGUGAUGCUACCAUGUGGAGGAGUCGGGGUUGACAUCGAUACAGUCUGGAACGAGCUUCACACGUGGGUAGCUUCCCGUGUCGCUGCAGGAUGUGUCACCGACCUGGCACUGAAGGUGGCACAAGGAGAGCUAAAGAAUGGUUUUGCAGUUGUGAGGCCUCCUGGACACCAUGCAAACCACUCCUCCCCUCUGGGCUUUUGUUUCUUCAACUCCGUGGCCAUCGCUGCCAAGCAGCUUCAACACAAACUCAACGUCAGCAAGAUCCUCAUCGUGGACUGGGACGUUCACCAUGGCAACGGCACCCAGGAGGCUUUCUAUAAUGACCCGAGCGUGCUGUACAUCUCCCUCCAUCGCUAUGACAACGGCAACUUCUUUCCUGGUAGUGGACAUCCCAGUGAGGUGGGUGCAGGUGCAGGCGAGGGCUUCAAUGUGAACGUAGGAUGGACGGGGGGUCUGAACCCUCCCAUGGGUGAUGCGGAGUACCUGGCUGCAUUCAGAGCUGUGGUGAUGCCCAUCGCCCACGAGUUCUCCCCUGAUGUGGUGCUGGUGUCCGCUGGCUUUGAUGCCGUCGAAGGACAUUUGUCGUCACUGGGAGGCUACAAAGUCACAGCAAAGUGUUUUGGCUUCCUCACACGUCAGCUGAUGUCUCUGGCCGGGGGUCGGGUGGUCCUGGCUCUGGAGGGGGGGCAUGACCUCAAAGCCAUCUGUGACGCCUCUGAAGCCUGCGUCAGCGCCUUGCUGGGCAUGGAGGUGGAGCCUCUGUCCCAGUCCGUGUUGGACCAGAAGCCCUGUGAGAACGCCGUCCAGUCGCUGCAGAGAGUCAUCCAGGUUCAGGGUGAGUACUGGCACAGUGUGAAGGACUCGGCGGUGGACCUGUCCUACCUGCAGGCGCAGAGACGGAGGCUGAGGCGAGACUCGGACAGCGAGGCCGUCAGCGCCAUCGCCUCACUGUCAAUGGGAGUUUCCCCUGACAAGGAAAUGGAAGAAAAACGGACAGAAAAAGGUGAUUCUCUCUGAGGAAAGAGUCUACUGACAGCUGCCUUUGACCAAGUCUCUCUCUCUCACACACACACACACACACACACAAACCCACAGAAUUUGGACUAUCACUGGAAACAGAUGUCCUCCACUGUAUUCAUCGCCUCCCAAACACUCCUCCACCUGCAGACCUACUUCAAACACACACUGAGAUACAACAUCCACCUGCGCAACAUUCAUACUCUCUCAUGACGCCUCUACGUGUUGUCCUGAAGGGAGCGUUGGUUACUGAUCUGAGAAAAAGUUCAAAAAGAAAGACAACGAGAGGCGGAUUAAUGAAGGAUCUGCUCUCUCUUGAAGCGUCAGGAGCUGACAACUCACUUCUGACAAAGCACAGCUCUGCGACUUCACCUUGUAAAUGACUCCCACAAGAACUGUUGUAACCUUGAAGGUGGGGUCAAAGGUCACCCUGGCUUAGUGGAGCCAAUCACUCUGAGCAGAAGGAGUCAUCCCCGCAGGACGUGCCGGUGACGGAGACCAGACACAUCCUCCGCGUCCCACUAUGAUGAUGUCAUUUGUCCGACCGUGACAAAGAUGCAAUGAAGGACAAAGAUCUUCUGAUCGCUUUGCACUGCGCCGUUCUGGAAUGUGAAAGGUCGGCCAUGUUGACAAUCAAACGUCUUUGUUUGUUCAUGUUUUAUUUUUUUGAAUAUUCACUCAUUUGACCUUCGGCACACAUUUCUGCGAAUAUCAGCCGGAGAUGUUUAAGAAUCCAGUAUGAAGCUACAGUAAAGUCCGACAUACAUGUGUUUCAUAUUGUUUUGUAUGUCUGAAUAUUUUCUUAAAUCGCUUUUUUCUUUCUUUCUUGGCCUGUCGGGCGAGCACAUGCAGAAAGUCUGUGGACGGCUGCAGUUAUUGGUGAGGCUCCCCGGCAGAUAAAAGCAGCCUUUGAUGAAGGGCAUCUUUAAAGUGUAGACAUACUGUAGUUGUGUAACAGUGGCAUUAGUCACAAUGAAGAGCUAAUACCUCUCGUCAUUGGAGUAUCAAUAUCAGGGGAGAAGGAGAUUCUUUACACGUCUGCAAAGACACAAAUCACCCAUGAUGCCUCAGUACAGCGUGACCACUCAGAAAAUGAUUGUAUAUACGACGAUGCUGAUCACAUUUUGGAUCAUUCAAAGACAAACCUAAAGUGCACUUACCCUCAGGAUGGGAGGGGUCUUAAAAUCUGAACUUUGAUGAUGUUUGUUAAGUGGACCAGUGUUUCUACCUGUGGAUGAGCAUUCCUGCUGUACUUUUUUAUUUCCUUAUAUUUCCUUUAUAACGAGGACAUGACGUGUCCUUGGUUUGUCAUUGACGUGGCAGCGUUCUGUUUACCGUCAGCAGCGGGGAUGUUUUUGCGCCCCGGACCAAACAUACGAUUUUAGCAGUUAAGAUAGAGCAAUAGCACUGAGAUAGUUGAAUACCCACAGUGCAAUUGGACACAGGUUAAGCGCAACCAAAGUUUAUGAGAACAAUGUGCCGUCCCUGGACUGGCAUGGCUUAGAGAACUUCAAAGACUUUGAAGAGUUUGUGAAUUUUUCUUUUUUCUAUCCAAACAGUUGAACAGCACCAAAAGCACAGGAUGGAUAUAUAAACACAUUUCUUGAAAAAAACAACUAUUUAUACAUUCAGAUUCUGUGUCUUUGAAGUGCUUUUUACAUGUGUAACGCAAUGAAGACGGUGCUAUGGAUUUAAAAUGCAGUAUGUUUUAUUGUUUUGUUCCUUUCCUUAUGUUGCAUUGUGUAUGCAUCCAAAAACCUGCCGAAUCUUUGUUGAUGUUAUGAAAAUGUGAAGAAAAAGAAUGACGGCGAGUUUCAGCUCCAUAUCAUGAAGGACAGUCCGAGUGUAGCUUUUGCAGUUUUACAAAAGAAAUCAUGCAGCGACCUGACAUAUCAUAUGUCUUAUCUUUUGUCUUAAUUAAUGCAAAUGAUUUAUUUUUAUAUUUGAUAUCAAAAAUGAACCCUGUGCGUACUUAGAGACCAAAUUGUCCGCCUGUGUGCCUUGAAGUGUCAUGCUGACCAACCUUUGUGAAGGUAGCCUUAACAAACUGGAUCUUAAUCAAAACUGAAAGGCCAGUUUCAUUCUUAACUGACUAUGUAAAGUGUAAAUAUUGACUUUGUUUUUUGUCUGCCUUUGUCUUUUCUACUAUUUUUGUUUCCAAAUAAAUCCUUAAUAAAGGUUGAUUCUAUUAA